CCUUUUCCUUGUCAGCAAUAAAAGAAAAAGAAGAACAAUCAACAUCCCAAUCAUGGGAAAGAAAUCCACCGCGCCCACCGAGGGCCAUGUUAGCGGUCAAUCCAACCGCCCUCUAUCUCGUCCCGCUCAUGGUCUCACCCUCACUCAAAUUGUCAGCGAGCUACAAUCCGGCACUUGGUCUGGCUUAGAUGCUUCCGAAGCAAAGAAGCGCCUCGAAGAAUAUGGCUCAAAUGAUCUGGGUGCGGCAGAGAGUGCAUCUGUCAUGCAGAUCCUCAUUGCUCAAGUUGCCAAUGCUAUGACACUCGUUCUUAUUCUCGCCAUGGCAGUUUCUUUUGCAAUCAAGUCUUGGAUCGAAGGCGGCGUUGUCACAUUCGUGAUUUUACUGAAUGUCGUUGUCGGCUUUUUCCAAGAGUAUUCGGCCGAGAAGACGAUGGACUCCCUUCGCUCCCUUAGUUCUCCAACUGCUCGUGUGAUCCGUGGAGGACAGCAGAUGACUAUCCCGUCCGCCGAAGUCGUCCCUGGCGACCUGGUGGAAGUAAAAACUGGCGAUACCAUUCCCGCUGAUAUGCGAGUCUUUGAUGCCGUCAAUUUUGAAACAGACGAAGCUUUGUUAACGGGAGAGUCAUUGCCGGUCCGCAAGAUUGAAGAGGAGACAUUCGACGACAAGACCGGACCUGGUGAUCGUCUCAAUGUCGCAUUCUCAUCGUCCAACGUCACCAAAGGGCGUGCCAAGGGCAUUGUAUUUGCAACAGGUGUCUUCACUGAGAUUGGAGCUAUCGCUUCUCAGCUUCGUGAAAAGGAAUCCAAAGUACGGCCUGUCAAGCGUAAAGAAAACGGCAAGGCAAAACCGCAUCGUUAUCUUGAGGCGUACACGUUGACUUUCACGGAUGCUGUUGGCAGGUUCCUUGGCUUGAACGUCGGAACGCCUUUACAGAGAAAAUUGUCCAAACUUGCCAUGUUGCUGUUUGGCAUUGCGGUUGUUUGCGCCAUUAUUGUCCUCGCUGCCAAUAAAUUUAGUUCACGUCAAGAGGUGAUCAUCUAUGCUGUUGCGACUGGAUUGUCCAUGAUUCCAGCCAGUUUGGUAGUCGUCCUCACCAUCACUAUGGCGGCAGGAACCAAGAGCAUGGUCAAGCGGAAUGUCGUGGUGCGAAAUCUCAAAUCACUCGAAGCCCUCAGCGGCGUUACAGACAUCUGCUCUGAUAAGACCGGCACCCUGACGCAAGGUAGAAUGAUUGCUCGUGGUGCAUGGAUUCCUGGUCUUGGAACAUACACGAUCGAGAACUCAACAUCUCCCCAAGAUCCCACAGUUGGUGACGUUCGGUGUGGCCAAGAUUCACCCCACCACAUGAACCUGGCGGCCGGGGGAGAUGCUUGUGGGCAGUUGGUGUCUUCUCAAGACCUCCAUUCGCCAACUAGCGGGAUGCUCAAGAAUUUUCUCAAUGUUGCCACCCUGGCCAACCUUGCCGCCGUGAAGAAGAAGGACGACGGUACAUGGGAGGCCCAUGGUGAUCCUACAGAAAUCGCGAUACAGGUAUUGAGCGCCAGGUUCGGGAUGGAUCGCAGUCGUCUUGUGAAAAAGGACUCCGAAUGGGAGGAUUUGGUCGAAUUGCCAUUUGAUUCGGACGUCAAACGUAUGUCUGUCAUCAUGCGUAAUGCCAGUGGUGAUUCUUUUGUUUUCACCAAAGGUGCCGUGGAACGAGUCAUCCAAGCCUGCAACACGUAUGCUCCAAAUGAAUCCGAAGAACUGGUCGACAUUACCGACAUGCGCGAGGAGAUAUUGCGUAACAUGGAGGCUCUGGCUGGAAUGGGUCUUCGUGUUUUGGCUCUCGCUAGCAGAAAGUUCGAUAAGCAUGUCGAGAAGGGUGCCGAAGUCGACCGUGCCUCUGUUGAGAGCAACCUCGUUUUCCGCGGGCUAGUAGGAUUGUACGAUCCUCCUCGACCAGAGUCAGGACCUGCAGUUCGGCAAUGUCAACAAGCAGGCAUUGUAGUUCACAUGCUCACUGGCGACCACCCGGAAACCGCGAAAGCUAUCGCUAUAGAGGUUGGCAUCUUGCCGUCGAAGGAUCGCAUGAGGCGCAUCGCUCAGGAUGUACAGCAGUCUUUGAUUAUGACCGCUUCUCAGUUCGAUGAUUUGUCCGACGACGAAGUGGACGCACUGCCUGUCUUGCCUCUGGUGAUUGCACGAUGUGCGCCCAGUACCAAAGUCCGCAUGAUUGAUGCUUUACAUCGCCGAGGACGUUUUUGUGCAAUGACAGGUGAUGGCGUGAACGAUUCGCCGUCACUUAAACGGGCCAACGUCGGUAUCGCUAUGGGACAAGCCGGAAGUGAUGUCGCUAAAGAUGCGUCUGAUAUUGUGUUGACUGACGACAAUUUUGCCUCUAUCCUUGCCGCUGUUGAAGAAGGGCGACGUAUAUUCGAUAAUAUUCAGAAGUUUGUCCUCCACGUACUGGCUGAGAAUGUGGCUCAGGCGGGUACACUUCUUGUAGGAUUGGCCUUCAAGGACAACACUGGACUAUCCGUUUUCCCCCUCGCCCCCGUUCAGGUGGUCUGGAUCAUCAUGGCAACUUCUGGUCUCCCAGAUAUGGGGCUUGGCUUCGAGCGUGCUGUUCCAGACAUCAUGAACCGACCGCCCCAAUCUCUCAAAGCUGGUAUUUUCACUAUCGAAUUCCUUGUCGACAUGGUAGUAUACGGCCUUUGGAUUACCGCUCUCUGUCUUUCCAGUUUCACGCUCGUGGUAUACGGGUUUGGAAACGGUGAUCUCGGAGAGAAUUGCAACGAGACCUACAGCCCUUCUUGUGAGCUUGUUUUCCGCGCCCGAGCAACCACCUUUGCAUGCCUUACAUGGUUUGCUCUCUUCCUUGCAUGGGAAAUGAUUGAUCUUCGACGUUCAUUCUUCCGCAUGCAACCCGGUUCCAAGCGUUAUUUGACUCAAUUCGUCUAUGAUAUCUGGCGCAACCAGUUCCUCUUUUGGGCCGUCAUGAUCGGGUUUGUGACACUGUUUCCGGUCAUAUAUAUUCCUGUUAUCAACACGGUUGUCUUCAAGCAUGCACCAAUUUCAUGGGAGUGGGGUAUCGUGUUCAUUUCUGCGGCCAUGUUCUUCCUCGGCGUAGAGACGUGGAAGUUCGCCAAACGGGUUUACUUCCGUCGAAAAGCUCGUAGUCAGCUCAAUACCUCGCGAGGUGACGUAGAAGACAUUCAGGAUCGUGUCUUCGAGCAAUUUUACGAGAAGGACCGCGAAUCGAGCAAUUAG